AUGUCAACACCAAGCAAACGGCAUUUAGCACAAAGGACGGAAAAAAGAGAUUUGGAAGAGCUGUUUGAAAGAUAUGGCAAGGUUCUAAGUGUUGAUGUCAAACCAAUGGGAUAUGCUUUUGUGGAAUUUGAGGAUCCUAGAGACGCUGAUGACGCAGUAAAACAAUUAAAUGGCUAUGAACUUGAUGGCGCUCGAAUUGCAGUAGAGUGGUCACGCAGAUCCGGAGGUCCUGGUAGUGGAUGUUUCUUAUGUGGUGGUCAAGGUCACUGGGCUAGAGAAUGUCCAGAUGCACGAGAAAAAGGAAUGGAUGUAAGAAGUGGGCGAUGCUUUAGAUGUGGUGAGAUUGGUCAUUUAGCGAAAUACUGCAGAGGUGACGGUGAUUGUGACCGUCGUGCGCCUUCUGGAAGUCGUUAUAGUCGAGGUCGUUCGCCGCAUCAUCGUAGUGGAUAUUAUGACGAUUAUAAUGAUCGCGAUCGAUAUAGUCGACGGUAUUCACGAUCACCGCCCGCAGGAUAUAGUGGUGGCUCGUAUGGAGCAUCUGGCAGUAGAAAUCGAUCCAGGAGUCCAUAUUACAAUAGCAAACGGAGUCCAAGUCCUUAUGCGUAUGAAAGUUAUUCAAGCAAGAGAAGUCCGAGUCCGUAUGGUGGCUCAGUUUCUGGCUCGAGAGGCAACUCAGGCGCGGGAUUCUUUAUGGGAAACUGUGCUGAUGCUGCUUGA